ACGCAAUCUACAUGCUAGCAGAGCGCUGCACACGGGCAAAGAACUGUAUAAAAGCACAGUGGGUCUCCCUGUUCAGACAUCAGCAGUCCUCUGACAGGAGAGAUCACAGCUCCACAAAACCUCAGCUCAGAAGACAAGCCAAACACUCCUAACCAUGAACGGCAAGCUUGGAGCUGUCUUGGCUCUCCUCCUGGUUUCAGCAGCUCUGUCACAAGGUAGGACCCUGGUAAAGAUGGCGAACGAGCUGCGGUGCCAGUGCAUUAGCACUCAUUCUGCAUUCAUCCGCCCUAAAUCCAUUCACGAUGUGAAGCUGACACCGAGCGGCCCCCACUGCAAGAACGUUGAAAUCAUAGCUACUCUAAAGGAUGGAAGAGAGGUGUGCUUGGACCCCACUGCUCCCUGGGUACAGCUGAUCGUAAAGGCACUUAUGGCCAAGGCUCAGCUCAAUUCUGAUGCACCACUGUGAGAAAAUUCCAGACAGGAAAAAAACAUCAGAAGUGCUCCUGAUUUCCACUGGGAGAAACAUCUGGAGAAAGCAUCAGGCAGAGUUCCAUCUUCCACCUUCCGCAUCAGCGUUAACUGUAGAUUCUAGUAUCUAUUUAUUUAUUUAUUUAACUGCAUCUAUUUAAAAAAGCCUUUCAUCGUGGUCAGUGCUGUGGGACUCACUGUCCAGUGAAACUGAAGAAACUGAAUAGGAAAAGUGACUUGCUAAGGGAAAUGAAGAUCCCUUGGAAGCCACUUCAGCCAGACACAAUCAGUUAAGUGCAGUGCACUUACAGCAAAGCUUGUUUGUACUAAGCCCUACUGUUUUGCUAUGACAGCAGCAAACUGGUAAUUCCUCCUGCUCCCCUGGAGUGCUCUAGUAUGUUGUGUCAACAACAGUUUCCUAGUCACGGUCAGCUCAUGUCGACUGCAGACUGUGAUUUAGAACUUCAGAAAUCUGUCCUGCAGAAUCUGUAAGACUGUGGGUUUGGUAUUUAUUAUGAUUUCUAUGGUAUUUAUAAAUAUAUUUAUUUACUAGUUUCUAUACAAGAUGGAAAAAGAUGAUAACUUUUGUAAUCUCUACUGGAUUUUCUGUUCCUCAUGAUGAAUAUUUAAGAAACAUUCACACACCCAUUACUCUGCAUAAGGAUUUGGAUCUAUGUAUAAUUCAUGAGUUAUUCAGCUAAUGGAAAAAAAUUGCAGCAUGCAUACACAGAAUUUGCUUGUGAGAAUGUAAUUAUCCCUUACAGUAUAUUAAUAAAUACUUUAUUUUUAAAAA